UGCACUCCCAUCAAGUGAAAAGAUUUCAUUCGUCAUAUACUCGUACUGCUAUCCAAACAUUAAAUAAGAAGUUCAACCACUGUCCAAAGAUACAGUAACAAAUUAAUCCACCUUCAAUUCGAGUGUACUUUUCUUUGAAACUUGCAAUUUCCCGUUAAAAAUAAACUUGGAAUUCAGUUUAGAAGUAUCAAACUUGAAAUUCACCCAAAAUCUCUCAAAAUUUGUGUAAAUUCAAACAACCACUUACCUAAAACUGCAUUUUGUUCGCCUGGAAUUCAUCAAUGAGAAACCCAGGUAAACAAAAGGAGGUGAAAGCUGAGAAUUUCAACAACAAUUCUACAAAGCAAAAGAAAUUGUGGGCUGAAAAGAUUAGGAGGAAAUACAUGCGUUUAUCUAGGGUAUUAAGGAAAUGCAAUUCGAUUCAAGCUACAAAAAUUCAAUCAAAGCUUAAUGUUGAACAUCCAGCUACAGUGAAAGUGAUGGUGAAAUCGAAUGUUUCUGGUGGUUUCUUCUUGAGACUUCCUCCUCCCUUUUGUAGGGCGCAUUUACCAGUAAAAAACCGUACUGUUAUGGUACUCGAGACAGAUACUGGAGAACGAUACGAAGCCAAUUAUCUGCCUCAAUAUUGUGGACUCAGUGGUGGGUGGAAAAGGUUUGCCAUAGUUAUGAAAUUGGAAGAAGGAGAUACUGUUGUUUUUCAACUGGUUGAACCUGCCAAAUUUAAGGUGUACUUUAUACGGGUGAAUUCCACAAAUGAAGUCCAUUUGCCUUUUCAUCUCCUGAAUUUAGUAAACCGUGUAGAGAGCGGUGUUUCAAGGAAAGCAGGAAAAAAUCAGAAAAGCUUUUAUAGGAGUGAGGAAGUUCAUCAAAAUUAUUUGCAGGGGAAGCAAAAAGAUUUUGGGACUGAGAAGAUUCGAAGGAAAGAUUUGCUUGUACCUCAGGUCUUAGGGAAAAGUAAUUUGGUUCAUGCUAAAAACAUUCAAUCAGAGCUGGAUUUUAAACAUCCACUUACCUUGCAAGGGUUGAAGAAAUGGAACGUUUCUCAUGGUUGUAGUUUGAUACUUCCUGAGCAAUAUUGUAGCGUGCAUUUACCCGUGAUAGAAACUGAUAUGGUGCUCGAGAUAGAAACCGGAGAACAAUACACAACCAAGUAUCUGCCUCGAUCUUGCAAACUCAGUGAUGGGUGGCACAUGUUUGCAACAAAUAUGAGAUUGGAAGAAGGAGAUGUGAUUGUUUUCCAUUUAGUUGAGGCUGCCAAAUUUAAGGUAUACUUCAUACGGGUGAAUUCUGCAAACGAAGUCAAUCUGUCUCCUCAUAUUCUUAAUACAUUUCAGAAAUGCGAUAUGACUCAAUCUAAAAGAAGUUUGUCAAACCUGAUUGUUGAACAUCCAGAUAUCCCAGUUACAGUGAAGUGGUUGCCAAAAUCAUGCACUUCUUCUAGUUGUUUCAUUUUGUCACCUCCUACGCCAUUUUGUAGGGCGCAUUUACCACAGAAAGAUACUACGUUGGUGUUCCAGACAGAAACCGGAGAACAGUAUGAAGCUAAUUAUCUGGCUCGGUAUUUAAGAUUCGGUGGUGGCUGCUGGAAAAGGUUUCCGUUGGAUAAGGAAUUGGAAGCAGGGGAUGCUGUUGUUUUCCACUUAGUUGAAGUUACCAAAUUCAAGGUAUAUAUCAUAAGAGCAAAUGCAAGCGAAGUCAAUCUCCCUGUUCAUCUUCUCGAAUUACUCGGUCAUGUACAGCAGAGCGUUUCAGGUAAACCAGAUAGCAAGCAACAAACUGUGGAUAGAAGGGAAGUAAAUCAAAGAGAACACAACCGUAGGAAGAGUGCAAGGCUCAAUCCCAGAAACACUGAAGUUUCCACCGUUUUACUCCAUGAAAAGAUGAUUUUCAGUAAUAUUAACAGCUUUGAAGAAUUUAAAUCUGUCAUGAACGAGUUGAUUCAGAACCAGAAGCUUCCUUACUACGCCAUGCAUGGUUACUACGAACUCUGUUGCAACCAGAAAGAAUUCCUUCAUGCUCGUUUAUCCGUACUAAUCAAUCCAAGGUUGACUAAUCAGGUCAUUAUUGGUGUGAUUAGAAGAAUAAUAUUCGACAUUGUUAACAUAACCGAUGCAUUAACCACUUGUGAGCUGUCCACUUUCCUCCAUAACUAUGCAUUAUGGGAUGAAUCCUUGAAAACCUAUGAAACUCUUGGAAUGAAUGUCGGCUUCCUCCUUGCUCGUCUACACCACCUCGAGAAAGUUGCUGUCAGUUCAGAAAGCGCAGCAGACAGGUGUCGGUAUGAAGAAGCAUGUCAUGAAAAUCUGCGUGCAAAAAGUGAAGUAAGAAAACUCGACUUAAUACUUGCUAAGUUGCAGACAUUAAAACUCAAGCCUCGCGAUGAAACAUACAGAAAAGCUGAGAUUAGUGAACUUGAAGUUAUGAUUUCCGGAUUUGGAAAGUUUUUUUUACAGUAUGAUGCUCAUAUAGAGACAUUGAAGUUAAAGGUGAAGACACAUGAGCUUAAAUUUCAGGAAGAAGUUAGUUCCUCAUGGUUGUGAAGAACAUGUUAUGUACUAAUCUUCUAUUUGGUUAAUUAUGUUUGUAAAGCUUCAACCUGGUGUAUAUAUGAAAGGUUAGCUGAUGGUAAUUUAGUUACUAACCCUAGUUUAUGGGAAGAAUUUGCACUUUACAGUACUGUAUUUACUCUUUUAUUAGUAAUCUAAAGUGUAAAAGAUUCAGAAUUGUUUGGUUUA